AUGACCGGAAUUUUGUGCUUUCCACCUUUCGCGCGCUUCUUCAUGCUGCUGUCGGGAUGUGCUUGGCUAGCAGGCGUCAGCUCUGGUACUUCACUGGUGGCCUCAGCUUUCAGCGAUGAAAAUCAGCUUUCCGAGUUCGUGCACGUCGCUGAAAUUGCUCAAAUCCAUCGGAACCUGCGAGGACAUAUCAAUUCGGCCAUAAUUGAAGCCAACGACACUAGCGAGGAACGAAUGCAACCAAAUAAUGUCGUGGGUGAAGGGAAAGCACCCAGCGGAGCCCAGGAGACUGUCGCGCAAAUUUUAGUUAAAGGGAUGAAUAAAGUCGCAGACUUUCUUAAAGAUCUCACAAGAAGCCAGAAGUAA